CUCUCUCUCUCUCUCUUUAUACUUCCCACCAAUCGUUCUCUUGGCGUUUCUAUUUGAUGGCCGCCCGUUAUUAUGGUUCGCUCUCGAAGAGAAAUCGCUGCUCGUGCACACUUUCCCUCCGCCUGUAACCCUAGCAGAUCCACUGAUCUCAGCGCCUGCAGUUCUCGCCGGAAACGCUAAGCUUUGCCUGUGCGACGGAAGGGGAGGGCUUCCCAAGUUGAAGAAGAAAGGAUGAAGGGGCUUUUCAAGUCCAAGGCGCGGACGCCGAUUGAUCUUGUGCGGCACACUCGCGAUCUCCUUAUUUGCAUUGAUGCCAACUCGAAUACGCGGGAAACCAAGCGCGAGGAGAAGAUGGUUGAACUAAGUAAAGCUAUUCGGGAGAUGAAAUAUGUUUUAUAUGGGAACGGUGAAGCUGAACCGGUGACUGAAGCAUGUGCACAAUUGACUCAAGAGUUUUUCAGAGAAAACACACUACGUCUAAUCAUAACAAGCCUUCCAAAGUUGAAUCUUGAGGCUAGAAAAGAUGCUACUCAAGUAGUUGCAAAUUUGCAAAGGCAACAAGUUCACUCACGAUUGAUUGCUUCUGAUUAUUUGGAAGCAAAUAAAGAUCUUUUGGAUAUUUUAAUAACUGGAUAUGAGGAUAUGGAUAUUGCCUUACACUAUGGUGCCAUGUUGAGGGAGUGCAUCAGACAUCAAUGCAUUGCAAGGGCUGUUUUGGAGUCUGAGCACAUGAAGAAGUUCUUUGACUAUCUACAACUUCCAAAUUUCGACAUAGCAUCGGAUGUGUUUGCAACAUUCAGGGAGCUCAUGACAAGGCAUAAAUCAACUGUAGCUGAAUUUCUUUCUAAGAACUAUGAUUGGUUUUUCACAGAGUUUAAUGAGAAGUUGAUGUCAUCUACGAACUAUGUAACAGUUAGACAAGCUAUCAAGCUUUUGGGAGACAUAUUGCUAGAUCGAUCAAAUUCUGCUGUUAUGAUAAGAUAUGUUAACUCAAAGGAUAACUUGAUAGUUCCAAUGAAUCUUCUAAGACAUGAAAGCAAAAGCAUACAAAAAGAAGCCUUCCACGUAUUCAAGCUCUUCGUUGCCAACCAAAACAAACCAGCUGAGAUUGGAACAAUACUUUUGACGAACAAAAACAAGCUUCUUCGUCUCCUCGGUGAAUUCAAGUUAGAAAAAGAGGACGAGCAGUUUGAUGCAGACAAGGCUCAAGUUAUGCAGGACAUAUCAGCACUUUCAGUGUAAGGAGCGUUUUGCCACGCCCAAAUAUUGGAACAAAAGAUUUGGCUAAACAACCCCUUGGACGUGACAUGGCGAGCAAAGUCGAAGAAGUUUUCCAGAACCUUCCAAUGUCAUGUAACAGUCUGCUCGGCAUGUCACGCCCAAAAGGUUUAGCCAAACCUCUUGUUCCAACAUUUGAGCGUGACAGUCUGCUCUCUUAGUGGAUCACACUCAAAUGUUCAGUUAGCUUUCAAUAUUUUUAUGUUAUGCUUGUAAAUAUUUUCAUAUGUUUUUAUUUUCCUUUUUCACUGAUGACUAAAUUGUUUCAGUAUUUCAACGUUUUGGCUAACAAGUAGAAUUUAAUAAGUCUGGACUGUAAAUCCUAUAAAACCAGAUUUAUUAAAUUCUGCCAAUUUGAAAUCCUGAAAACUGUUUGGCAACAUAAGUAUUAAAUCUUGUUAAAUAUUAUGAAACUGUUUGGCAAUAUAAUCAGGAUUUAAGGUAGUUAUUUGUAA